AUGAAUGGCAUAAUCUAUCCAGAAAUGUUUUCUCCAAAAUGCUUCCUAGAAGCAAUGGAAUACAAACCAAAACCUGGAGAUGUGUUCAUUGAUACUUAUUCUAAAUGCGGUACCACAUGGAUGAAGAAUGUGGUUCUGCAUAUCUUUCGAAAAGGCAAAGUGUUGGAUCAUCCAUUAGAUUUCUUACAAUGUGUGCCUUUUAUCGACAGGCUUGGACAGGAAGCCGUUGAUAAGAUGCCAAGACCAGGAGCUUUUAAAACGCAUUUGCCUUAUUCCCAUCUGCCUUAUUCACCAGAUGCCAAGCACAUUUUUGUGGCUCGAAAUCCUAAAGAUUGUUGUGUUUCUUUUUGUCACCAUGCCAGGAAUGAGCCAGCUUUUGCAUACGAAGAUGAAGAGUUUGACAACUUCUUCGAACUUUUCAUGGCUGGUGAAUUGGAAUACAGUGAUUAUUUCGACCAUUUGCUGGGUUGGUAUCCACACCGAAAUGAUCCGAAUGUAUUCUAG